AGAAACUGUUCGUUGAUUCCAGCUUUAUUUGAAGAACCAACAUUCUCCUCGUCCGAAAUUCGAAGAACACGCGGGGGGAAAGGAGGCCGCUUUCCCCCAACAGCGCACAGCAGAGAGCAGCGACGAUCGACUCCUGAGGUCACGGAGCUUUCGGUGGACCAGUGGCACAUCUCCAAGAGAGCCAAAGCAGAGAUGGUCAUCAGUGAUGUGGAGGCUAAGCCAUCUCCAAGUUAUCCGCUGCUCUCUGCUAUGGAAGAAAUGAAAAAUGACGCCAGACACUUCACGGAAAUGCUCAAGCGCGACAGGCCAUAUCUCAUUUCCGAUAAAAAUGGCAUUGUCAUCAGGUCAGACCAUGAGUUCACAGAUGGCUCAAUUUGCUUGGAGCUGGAAACUGAUCAGUAUGUUGUGAAUCUAAAUGUGGAAAACACUGGAACUCAAAUUGUGCAUUUUACCUACUAUACUGCAUUGGGCAAGCUUAGCUGCUUCACUCUGAAGGAUGAGCACAAGGUGACCCGAAAAAACCCACUAUUACUCAAACCAGGCGAGAGCUAUGCAGUCCAGGUUCAGUACCACUUUGAGUACGCUGGUAACUGUCAAGUGGCGUUGGUCUUUGAAUUCCAGCACAAAUUGCACACUGCUUUCUUCUACAUAAUGCGUGAUAUUCACGUUUAUUUUUUGAACGCACUGGCAAAGGAGCUGAAACCUACUGCUCCUUAUAAACGCUUCUGUCGCCUUACUCCAAGAGGUGAGCAGAACUGCAAAGUUGUGGAUGGAGUGCCCCCUGAUGGGUUGUCACGGCUGCAGCUGAAAAGUGAAACACCGCUUCUUCUUUAUCCGUUACCAAAAUAUUUGCCCAAGCACAUCAGAUCACUCAACAUGAAUCCUUCCAUCGCUAAAAGUGCAGUGCUGGACAGUUGUUUGAGCUUUCGGAACUACUCUCGGAAGCUUCACGAGUUGUUGUAUUUGGAGGAAUUUCAGAUGCAAGUGGACAUCACACGAUACUUCAUACCAAACAGUGACACACAAUGUGUCCGCAUGCAAAGGGAUCCGAGCAACAAGAAGCUACUCAUUCUCCAGGUACCGGGACUGUCUGAGAACCGGCCGUCUGUGCUACGCGGUGAUCGGCUGCUGGUUUACCUUCAAGGAGAACCGGAUCGGCCAAAAUACUGUGGUUAUGUCCACAAAGUAGAGCGUGACUCUGUCAAAUUGGGCUUCAGUUCAAAGUUGUUGGACCUUUUUCUUGACGGCAUGAAGUUCAACGUGGAGUUCACCUUCAACCGGCUGAUUCUGCGUCUGCAGCACCGAGCGGUGGACUUUGCAACCAAGUUUCAACUGGAAAAGCUGUUGUUCCCGCCAGCCAGCCUCUCCUCAAAGCAAGUAGCUCAAGUCCCCAAACUCAGUUUUUAUGACAGACGACUGGAAAAGAACCCCGAGCAGAGCAAAGCCGUGCGCCACAUUGUAGCCGGCACCUCCAAACCUGCUCCAUACUUGGUUUUUGGCCCACCCGGCACAGGCAAAACCGUCACGUUGGUGGAGGCCAUCAAACAGGUUGACAAGCUCCAGAAAGAGUGCCACAUUCUUGCCUGCGGUCCCUCCAAUAGUGCUGCGGAUCUCCUCUGCAUGAGGAUUCUCCAGGGCCAUGGCAAUAAGAGCAAGGUGUACCGCAUGUACGCCAGCAGCCGUGACCCGCAGUGUGUCCCUGAAGACCUCAAGGCAUGCUCGAACCUGGUUGGAGACGAUUACGUUUUUCCUUCCAGAGAGAAACUGAUGGAAUAUCGAAUCAUUGUCACCACUCUGUUCACUGCUGGAAGGUUGGUCACAGGAAACCUCCCCUUGGGCCAUUUCACUCACAUAUUUGUGGAUGAGGCCGGGCAUGCUACGGAGAGUGAAUGUUUAAUUCCAAUCGCUGGGCUACUGGACCCGGAGUCUGGCCAGCUGGUUCUGGCUGGAGAUCACAAACAGCUGGGACCCAUUGUGGCAUCGAGUCAUGCGCUUAAAUAUGGAAUGGGCAUUUCCCUCUUGGAGCGAAUGAUGAACGUUUUCUCAGCGAACCAGAAAGGAGACGACUUCAAUGACCUGUUUGUCACCAAACUGCUGCGCAAUUACAGGUCUCAUCCGUCCAUUCUGAAGGUUCCCAAUGAGCUCUUCUACGGCGGAGAGCUCCAGGCCUGCGCUGACCAAAUGCAGCGCAACUCCUUCUGCACAUGGGAACACCUUGAAAAGACGGACUUCCCACUGAUCUUCCAUGGCGUGACAGGCAUCGAUGAGCGCGAGGCCACCAGCCCGUCCUUCUUCAAUCGAGCCGAGGUGCAGAUUCUGAUGGACUACGUGAAGAAACUGCUGGAGACUUCUGGCAAAAAGGGCCUGCCCACCAUUUCGCCCAAAGACAUCGGCAUCAUCACCCCCUACAGGAAACAAGUGCAGAAAAUCCGUCAGGCCCUUAUGAAGGUUGCGAAAGAAUUCAAAUUUAAGGACAUGAGUGGCCUGAAGGUUGGUUCAGUGGAGGAGUUCCAAGGUCAGGAGAGGAGAGUCAUCUUGGUGUCGACAGUCCGCAGCAGCAGCAACUACAUAGACUUUGACAAACGCUUCAACCUGGGCUUUGUUGCCAACAAGAAGCGGUUCAAUGUGGCAAUGACUCGAGCGCAAGCCUUGUUGAUUGUGGUGGGAAACCCAGUGGUGCUCGGCACUGACGACACGUGGAAGUACUUCAUCAAGUACUGUCAAGAUUCCAAGGCUGACUGUGGGUUCAAGCCUGUGGAGGAGGAAGAAGCUGUGGCUGAAAGAUAUUCACACCUCUUCCGUAAAAUGCAUUCUCAGGUGGAGGACGAUGCAGACGAAGCACACCCAACUCAACCAGAGGAGUGACCUGUGAGCAGAUGAAAAAAGGCGUAUAGAAUGUUUGGACAUCUGCGCUAGGGACCAAAAACUAAACUUACUGACUGAAGAUUUUUUUUUUUACAUAUCACCCCCCAAAUGAGUGCAGAUGACUACACAUGCUACUUUUCAAAAGAAUCUUUAUUACUAACAAAAUAAACCAUUUGAAGUGUUUGCGAGGAAUCAUCACAA